AUGAACGGACGUGAAAGGUAUCAACCGAGACAUCAUGAUAAUAACAGCAGUUCUUCUGUCUCCUGUCUAUUUUACAACAAGAUAGGUGCUUGCAGACACGGUGAAAAAUGUUCAAAAAAGCACAUCAAACCCACAUCAUCAAAAACUUUACUUUUGGCAAAUUUGUAUCAAAAUCCGAAGCUAAAUAAGAAUGAAAGUGAAGAACUAAGUCAAAAACAGAUACAAGAAAUUUUCGAUUUGUUUUAUCAAGAUAUUUUUAUACAUUUGAGUACUUUGGGGGAAAUUUCAUCUUUGGUAGUAUGUGAAAAUGAAAACAAUCAUUUAAAUGGGAAUGUAUAUGUGCGGUAUUUUUCAACAGAUGAUGCAUUAAAAACGAAUAAUGAAUUGAAUCAAGAAUGGUUUAAUGGAAGACCUGUACAUUCGGAGCUAUCACCUGUACUAGAUUUUAAUGAUGCUCGAUGCAGAGCUUACGAUACAAAUUCUUGUGAAAGAGGUGAAAUGUGUAAUUAUAUGCAUAUACGACAACCAUCCAAAGGUAUAAAAGAUAAAUUGUACAAAGGUCAAGAGAAGAAAUAUCAAUUAAUAAAGUUGAAAAGAUUGCAGAAUGAAUUGAAAGAUGUAGAAAAGAGAGAGCAAAGGGAACAAAAUGGAACGCACAUUAAAAGCGAAACGAACAAGUUAUUGAACUCCUUAUUUUAA